GUAACAAUGGGCAAACAGGAGGAGUCCGUGAAACUGGUUACCUGGAUCUGGAUGACUUCUUGCAACAAAAUGAUUGGGAUACUGCUAGUUUUUUUCCCUGCUAUCCUCCUGGAAAUGGACUUUCUUCCCAAGAAUGCUGGCAGGAAGAUUUUGAUCUCGGGUGCGUCUUCUCAAAGAUCUGUAGCCAGAAUGGAAGGUGAUGUCAUUAUAGGAGCCCUCUUUUCUGUCCAUCACCAACCUCCAGCUGAGAAAGUCCCAGAGAGGAAAUGUGGUGAGAUCAGAGAACAAUAUGGUAUCCAGAGAGUAGAGGCCAUGUUUCACACCCUGGAUAAAAUUAAUUCAGACCCAGUUCUGCUGCCCAAUAUCACUUUAGGCAGUGAAAUUCGAGAUUCCUGUUGGCACUCCUCAGUGGCCUUGGAGCAGAGCAUUGAAUUCAUAAGGGACUCCUUGAUCUCCAUCCGAGACGAGAAAGAUGCUCUUGGCCGCUGUCUGCCUGACUCUGCAUCCCACCACCACAUCAGGGCCAAAAAACCCAUUGCUGGUGUUAUUGGCCCAGGAUCUAGUUCUGUGGCCAUCCAAGUACAAAAUCUCCUCCAGCUCUUUGACAUCCCCCAGAUUGCUUAUUCUGCAACAAGUAUUGACCUAAGUGACAAAACUUUGUACAAAUACUUCUUAAGAGUGGUCCCAUCCGAUAUUCUGCAAGCCAGAGCCAUGCUUGACAUUGUCAAACGCUACAACUGGACAUAUGUGUCUGCUGUACACACAGAAGGAAAUUAUGGAGAGAGUGGCAUGGAAGCUUUCAAAGAGCUAGCUGCUCAAGAAGGUCUUUGCAUAGCUCAUUCAGACAAGAUCUACAGCAAUGCGGGAGAAAAGAGCUUUGACCGACUGUUACAGAAGCUCCGGGACAGGUUGCCAAAGGCCCGAGUUGUGGUUUGCUUCUGCGAAGGAAUGACUGUUAGGGGGAUUCUCAUAGCUAUGAGACGCCUGAAAGUGCUGGGGGAGCUUCUCCUGAUUGGAAGUGAUGGAUGGGCAGAUAGAGACGAAGUCAUUGAAGGGUAUGAGGCUGAAGCAAAUGGAGGCAUUACGAUCAAGUUGCAGUCUCCAGAUGUCUUGUCAUUUGAUGACUAUUUUUUGAAACUGCAUUUGGAGGCUAACACGAGAAAUCCCUGGUUCCCAGAAUUUUGGCAGCACAGAUUCCAGUGUCGCCUGCCAGGACAUCCACUGGAGAACCCCAACUUUCAGAAGAAUUGCACUGGUAAUGAAAGUUUAGAAGAAAACUAUGUCCAGGAUAGUAAAAUGGGAUUUGUUAUCAAUGCCAUAUAUGCUAUGGCCCAUGGCCUACAAAAAAUGCAUCAUGCCCUUUGUCCAGGACAUGUUGGACUAUGUGAUGCCAUGAAGCCCAUUGAUGGUAGCAAACUCUUGGAUUUUCUCCUAAAUUCUUCAUUCAUCGGAGUUUCAGGAGAGGAAGUUCGGAUUGAUGGAAAUGGAGAUGCCCCUGGCAGGUAUGACAUCAUGAACCUGCAGCAUAUAGAGUCUCACCAUUAUGACUAUGUCCACAUUGGCACCUGGCAUGAGGGGGUAUUGAAUAUUGAUGAUAACCGUAUUCAGAUGAACAAAAGUGGAAUGGUCCGGUCAGUGUGCAGUGAUCCCUGUUUGAAAGGUCAAAUUAAGGUUAUAAGGAAGGGGGAAGUGAGUUGCUGCUGGAUCUGCACAGCUUGCAAGGAGAACGAAUUUGUGCAGGAUGAGUUCACGUGCAAAGCCUGUGAACUGGGAUGGUGGCCUAAUGCUGAUCUGACUGGCUGUGAACCAAUUCCUGUAAAAUAUCUUCAGUGGAGUGAUAUAGAGUCCAUUGUGGCUGUGGUCUUCUCCUGCCUGGGUAUCCUGGUCACCAUGUUUGUUACACUUAUCUUUGCACUCUACAGGGACACCCCUGUUGUCAAAUCAUCAAGCCGGGAGCUUUGCUAUAUUAUCCUUGCUGGAAUAUUCCUUGGCUAUAUCUGCCCCUUUACCCUUAUAGCUAAGCCCACUGUCACGUCAUGCUACCUCCAACGGCUCCUUGUGGGGCUUUCCUCUGCCAUGUGUUACUCUGCCCUUGUGACCAAAACCAACCGCAUUGCACGCAUUCUGGCAGGGAGUAAGAAAAAAAUUUGUACCCGUAAACCACGUUUCAUGAGCGCUUGGGCUCAAGUAGUCAUUGCCUCCAUUUUGAUCAGUGUACAGCUAACACUGGUAAUUACCCUGAUCAUCAUGGAACCUCCUAUGCCCGUCCUUUCCUACCCUAGCAUCAAGGAAGUCUUCCUGAUCUGCAACACCAGCAACUUAGGUGUGGUUGCUCCAGUGGGCUACAAUGGACUACUUAUCAUGAGUUGCACUUACUAUGCCUUCAAGACUCGCAACGUGCCAGCAAAUUUCAAUGAAGCCAAGUACAUUGCCUUCACUAUGUACACUACUUGUAUCAUCUGGCUGGCCUUUGUGCCGAUUUACUUUGGGAGCAACUACAAGAUCAUAACCACUUGCUUUGCGGUGAGCUUGAGUGUGACAGUAGCCUUGGGGUGCAUGUUCACUCCCAAGAUGUACAUCAUCAUUGCCAAGCCUGAGAGGAAUGUUCGCAGUGCCUUCACCACUUCUGAUGUGGUGCGUAUGCAUGUCGGGGAUGGAAAGGCACCUUGUAGGUCAAACACUUUCCUCAGCAUAUUCCGGAGGAAGAAGCCAGGCGCUGGAAACCCAAAUUCUAAUGGCAAGUCUGUGUCAUGGUCUGAACCAGGUGGGAGACAAGUUCCUAAGGGGCAGCAUAUGUGGCACAGACUCUCAGUGCAUGUGAAGAGCAAGGAGCCAGGAUGCAAUCAGACCGCAGUAAUCAAGCCCCUAACUAAAAGCUAUCCAGCCCAAGGCAAGAGCCUAACUUUCUCAGAUAUCAGCAGUAAGACUCUCUACAAUGUGGUGGAGGAAGAAGAGCGUGAGCCAGUGUGCUUUAGCCAGCUGAGUAGUCCUCCUACAAUUGUGCACAGGCGAGUCACAGUGACACCUCCACUGCAAGUAACAGCAGAGGAGACCCGCUUGUUCUUGUCUGAACAGAGUCCCAAAAGCCUACCACCACCUCAGAGAUCCAUCAUGGAACAGUUGCAAGGUGUGGUUAACAAAUUUGCCACUGGCAUUCCUGACUUCAAUUCUGUGGUCCCUGUGCCUGGUACAGGGAAUGGAGUGAGACCUAUCUAUCACCCUCCACUUAUGCAGCAGCAGGUAUUGCCACUCCAAAUGGGCACGUUCAGCAAAGAGCCAGUUUUGCCCCCAGCUGAGGAGGAGGGAGACGAUGAGGAGGAAGAAAAUGAGAAGUUUAAACUCAUCCCAGAAUAUGUGUAUGAGAGGCCAGGAGAUCUUGAGGAGGAUGAAGAUGAGGAAGAGGAGCAGGCAACCAGCAAACUGACUCUAGAAGACUCACCAGCACUGACACCGCCAUCUCCCUUCCGAGACUCAGUGGCUUCAGGCAGCUCUGUGCCCAGUUCUCCUGUUUCUGAAUCAGUGCUUUGCACACCUCCCAGUGCAAUCUAUGCUUCAGUCGUCCUGAGAGAUUAUAAGCAAAGCUCAUCCACCCUGUGA